AGCAGGGCUCACCGUCUCACUCGGACACCUUUUCGUCACUGAAGGACGUCACAAAGGCGAAGAAGAAGCACAAAUGCAAGCAGCGCUCGAACACGGCCGGAUCGUUCCAUUCCUCAACCGGCGGGGGUGUUGGCGGGGGCGGCGGCGGCGGUGGAGGGGGGUUGACGUCGGCUCGGUCUGGGACGUCGUUCGUCGGAAGCAGCAAUCUGUCUCACACACCGAUGUCAUCGUGGGACAUCAGUAAGGUUGUCGGCAACCACGACUACUUCAGUGACAUCAACCCACGCAACAUGCGUCGCCUCAUGAACAUAGUCUACAUCACGGGUCGGCUGCUGCGUGCCUUCAGUAUAGAGUUCCAGUGGCUGAAGCUGGCGUCGUGGGUCUACAUCACUGAACAGUGGCCCUACAGAAUAUCCUGGGUAAUCCUCUACUUUGAGAGGGAAGAGGCAAAUCUGGAAGACAACCUGCCACUGAAGGUCAUCUAUGACAGGAUCAAGGACGACAUUCCGACGAUGAAGGAGGUGGAGCCACUGCUGGAGAUCGACCGCAACCCGCGCAAGUUUGACGUGUUUCUGAGCAGCGGCAGCGUCAGCGUCAAGCUCACCGUCGCAGACAUGCGACUCUUCCUUCUGUUUGCCAUCAACCUUGACCCUUACCUACGCAAGAUCAUUAAAGAGAACAUGCAGGUGCAGGACAACCUGAAGCUGGAGCUGAAUCACUACGGCUAUCCACCGAUGGUCUUCCCUGGUCCGGACUUCACACGUGUGAGAAAAGCCAGCUCCACGCAGCAGCCUAUUGUGCAAUCCCCCGUGAGUUUUGCCAACACCAGGGGGCCCCACCAGCCACAGAUGUUCUCACCGGUGUGUGGGCACCCGGUGACAGGCUACCCCCCGGAGGUGGUGAUGCACAGCAUGACCCCACAGGCAUCCUACGCUCGCAGCAUGGAGAAGCUACCCUUCAAGCUGAUGCCGGAUAAGCGUCUGAGCAGCAUGACCGUGGAGGAGGUGUGUGAAGCCUUCAAGAACGUCGAGGCCGUGUCACAGCCAAACCUACAGAAUUACCUGUCACUCAUAGCUGAUAACAACGUCAACGGCCAGGUGCUGCUCAUGUGUGACCUUGAUGAACUGAAGAAGGUCAUGGGAAUGAACUUUGGUGACUGGGAGAUGUUUCGUCUGCUGGUGCUGACGUUACGGGAGAGAGAGUACCACGCCGGAGAUUGCGCAGACAUCAGCAUAGGCUCUGACACGCCCGUCGACGCGCCGCCCGACAGUCCCCACGUGAAGUUCUACCUCACCGACCGCCCGCAGCCACAUCUGAUGCGACCCGUGCCAAAGUAUCCAACGCUGACAAAACCUGAGCAGCCGGGGGAGCUGAAUACCAUCGUGGAGUUGUCACGGCAACAGGAGGACGUUCCCAUAGUAACGGUGUCGUCGUGUCACACAAUACAGGACUCGGAUGCUGACGAUGAAGAUAACGAUGGCAUGGGGCUUGAUACAGCUAGAUCAAACAUGCUGCGGAAUGACUCCAUGCUACGCCAGGUGGAGCAUGAGAGCAACAUGCUACACACGGUGCUACACAACAGUUGUCUGACAUCGUCGGGAGCUAGCAGCGACAGUGAGGCCGUCGAUGCUGCGUCGCAGGUUACCCCCGACAACGGUAGCCGAUACUCGUCAGACGACGAGGACGACGACGAUCUACACAAGCCUCCUCAUCGCCAUGGCGACCGAUCGACGCCUCGCGACCGAGAGAUGGUGGUGCUGAGCAUGCCGGUUGCCGUUGACGACGACGACGACGACGGUCUCGAGGUGCUGCUAGGUGGCGCUGCAUCGUCAGCUUCGUCCGAGAGCGGCUACCCUGACCGUGACUCCGACGACGACGACGGCGGGGGCAGGGGGCGCCACGCGGCGCGGGAUUACCAGACGGAGGACGACGAUGACACGUCGAGUCUGGACGAAGACGACCUGCUGCUACACCGGCGCCCUCUCAGCCGGCACGACAGUCUCGCCUCGCACAGCGUCGAGAUGCUGCACAAACUCGCCGACAAGGUGAAGCUGUUCGUCGCUGAACACUCACCGCACCACACAGGGGGAGCCACCUUCACGCGAAGCGACUCUCUCAUGGAGGACCUCGAUGAGAGACUGGAGAUGCAGGAGUCAGCGACGCAGGGGCGCGGGGCGGGGGCGGGGACGCCCGCCAGCACCCCGGACACCGCCUCCACGACGCGCACGGCCACGGUGACGCCCGACGCUGGCUCCCUCACCCCCGCCGUGUCCCCAGACUCAUCCUCCGUCCCCCCUGUCGGCUCCCCCCUCUCAUAUACGACCGCCCCUGCCGGGUCCCCCCUCUCGUAUACCACCGCCCCUGCCGGGUCCCCCCUCUCAUAUACGGCCGCCCCUGCUGGGUCCCCCCUCUCGUAUACCACCGCCCCUGCCGGGUCCCCCCUCUUGUACACGACCGCCCCCGCUGGGCCCGCCGACGUGCGGCCACCGUCGGCGAAUGACCCGACCUGCUCGGCAUUCGUCGAGGUGCGACGGUGCGGUGACGCGAAGGUGGCGCCACCUGUCGGUCGCUCGAUGUCGUAUGAGAUGCUGAAGGGCGGGCAGCGCCACCUACGGUGCGUGGAUGGAAGCACGGACAGCCUGUGCGCGACCCACGAACCCGCUCUCAUGUGCGCCCAGGUCGACCCUGUCAGCGGCAGCUUCCACAGCGAGCUGGUUGCCAGGCAACCUGCCGAUGUUGCCCCGGACGCGCUGCAAGGCAGUGUCGUUUAGAAUAGACUGAGAGGUGGUUGUUAGACAACUGCUAUAUAUUGGAGAGAAG